AGACGGGACGCUGCAGCUGGUGCAGAGGCAAGGCGGUCUGGGCUUCUAGGCUGGGCUUCCAGAACGGCAAUUUUCAGGGCCGUGGAGUCCGGUCAUGACGCGACAGCUACAGCCACCCGACAGAGCACCCGGAUCCUGAUUCCCGUCCUCCAAUUGUUUGUUAUCCUCCAGCUCAGCGUUGGUUGGACGCAAGCAAUCGCUGGCCUUUGUUCCUCUUCGGCUGAUUUCGGAUCCGAUCGCUGCCGUCGCCUAUUGUUCCCUCAAACUUGCCGACAACUGACGUCUACCCAUUGACCCGGUUCGCCACUUGCAAAAUGUCAGGUGUUCUGAUGCGUAGCUCGGUACGUACUGUUCGCCCUCCAGGCCGCUAAACUUGUAUGGUGCAAGGCUGCAAUGCAAGUGCAAGGGCAGCCCAAGGCAGGAUAAAGAUGCAUAUAUAUAUAUAUAUAUAUAUCCACCACAUCAGAAAGACGACAGGGUGUAAGCGGCGGAAAGACGGAAUGCAAGAAAAGAGAGAGCGGGAUCAGGCCCUCCCAACUCGGGGUUCUGUCCGGUCUCGCAUCUUGAUGGGAGCCGAGGAUUUUGGUGGUGCGAGGUGGAAUUCGGCGCUAAGGUGGAGACGCUUCUCUCCUGGAUGACUGUCUCUGUUGCGAAUAUCCAGUGAAUAAAUACGGACGGUCGUGCCCGGUAGACUGACUUGACUCUCUCGACGAGAACACUACUACCAGCUCGGCAACAUGAUGUCCUUUCGCCGCGGGAUAGCAACCAUGGCCUCACUUCGCAACGCCCGCAAGGUCGUGUGCAUUGGCCGCAACUAUGCCGACCACGUGACCGAGCUGAACAACACCAAGCCCAAGCAGCCCUUCUUCUUCCUGAAGCCUGCCUCCUCCAUCGUGCUGCCUGGCACUGGCCCUGUCGUCCGGCCUAGGGGCGUCGACCUACAUUAUGAGGUGGAGCUGGCCCUCAUCAUUGGCAAGGAUGUCAAGGAUCUGAAGGCGGACGACAUGGAGGGCGCCCUUGAUGCCAUCGACAGCUAUGCGCUGAGCAUCGACAUGACGGCCCGCAACGUUCAGAAUGAGGCCAAGAAGAAGGGCCUGCCAUGGGACAUUGCCAAGGGCUUUGACACAUUCCUGCCUAUCAGCAACAUCAUUCCCAAGUCGGCCAUUCCCAACCCGCACAACGUGGAGCUGUACCUCUCGGUCAACAACGAAGUUCGCCAGCAGGACUCGACGGGGCUGAUGCUGUUCCAGAUCCCCCGGAUCCUGAGCGACAUUUCGCACGUCAUGGCUCUUGAGAAGGGCGACAUUGUCCUGACCGGCACCCCCAAGGGCGUGGGCUCGGUAGCGCCUGGCGAUGUCAUGCGUGCUGGCCUUCGGGUCGACGGCAAGGAACUCGAAGAGGCCAAGAUCGAAAUUCCGGUUGAGGAGUCCACGAGCGCCUACAUGUACAAGGAGACCUAGUUUGUGCCGUGGCCAUACUGAACAAAUAUCACUGAUGUGUUUACAGUGUUUUGGAAAGUGCACUAGCUUGUCCAGGCCAGGUCGAUACAUUUUGGUCGUCGAAUCACGUGGGCGCCUUUCAGGGGUCUCGGGGUUUACUUGUAAAUAGAGUUGGAUAUUUGUAUCUAGGACAAAAAGAAAGCUGGGGAAAACAGAUACAAGAAACCGCCA